AUGGACAUCGAAACAGGGGUGCUUGCCGAGUGCCUGGAGUUCUUGGCCUCGGGCCUGUUUCAGUACACACCAAAGCAUACUCGCGACCGCCUGAUAUAUCACCCAGACAUCAAGUACUUCCAACGAAUACAGAACGCCAACCACUGGCAAUAUCACAAGCACAGCGGCCGCUCCAUCGACCGCAUCAAAACUACCACCACGGCGCUGUUUGACCCGUAUAGUGUGGCGGAUUUGCUUGCCCGUAUCAAGACUUAUCUGGCGUUGAGCUGGCACCUUCCCUCCGAAGUGACGGCGAUAAACGAGCUUAUAUGCGCUCAGAACGGAUGGAAAUGUGUUGAGUUUAGCCGCAAUAACCCGGUGAAGAACCACCUCAUGUGUACCUGUUGCCAGAGCCAGCUUAUCCUCAAAUGGGACGACCAGCCGGCGUUUGCCAGUCGUUUUUGGGGCCAAGACGAAGAAGGCGUUGGCGAGCCGUUAAACCUGUUGUUGGAGACUAAAUACUACGAAAAAAUCGUCACUUCAGGCCACCAGUUCAGCUGUUCGUGGCGCCACUUUGAAACGCCGUUGGUGGGGUUUUACUACCCUCGCCCUUACAUUAAUGACCACCAACUCAUCACUGAGUACCUCGCCAACUUGGAGAAUUUGGCCAAUAACUUGGCGGUGUUGGUCGAACACGAACUGAGUUUCAGCCCCGCGUUUGUGCUGGAUACUCCGUUGAACGAUAAAUUUAUCGCCAACUCCAACCACUGGCUUGCCACUAAGUAUAAGACUAAUACCAAUCUGAUACCACAGUGGGUGUAUAGAUUGGCGGUGUACGGGUGGUCGCUCCACGUCCAGUCAUUCUCCACUCAACUAGUCCUCCUUUUGAUCUGCGAUAAGUGCAACCAGCGCAUAUUCGUCAAUAGCGCCACUCACCCGCCCGUGCCGAGUCUGGGGUCAGUCAAGGGCCUCAAGUUGCUGGAGUCACAAGUAUUGCCGCCUAACGACAUUCCCAUGACAGCUCUCGAUAGCGACGACGAAGGCGACCAAGUCAGUCCUGCCACUGAGCACAAACUGUGGUGUUGUCGCAUCAACGAUAUGGCCUCCUCAACUAAUUCAAUUCCGCUUUACGAGUGGCUCAUAUCUGUCGUGAGUGACUCUCCAUUCGAUUUGUUCGAUCGGAAACGCUCGGCUUCUGAGACUUCUCAGCGUAAGAUGCCUCGGAAUUCCUAA